AUGGUGCAAGGAGAGGGCGGCGUGCUCGGACUACAGAUUGGCACUCGAGCAACUUUUUCACAGGACCCUGAUGGGGGGCGGCUGAAGGGCAAGGCCACCGAAGCCCUUGCCUUAGGCCCCCGCUCGCUCGCAUCCGGCAUCGCGGUCCAGCCUCCACCUCCGGCAUCCCGAUCCCACCUCCAGGCCCUCCACACUCCAUCAGUGACCGCAUCUCGGCAUCCCGAUCUCGCCUCCGACGUCCCGAUCCCGCCUCCAAGUCCAGUCGCGGUCCAGCCUCCGCCUCCACGCCUCCACCUCUGGCCGUUCGGCAUCCUGCCGUCCUGGUCCCACCUCCACGCUCCAUCAGUGACCGCAUCGGCGCAUCCCAGCAUCCCGAUCUCGCCUCCGCCUCCAGUCCCGCUCCACGGCUCCACCAGCCCCGGUCUCUCCGGCCUGGCAAGGCCUCCCCGGCCGGCAAUGCGGCAAGACAAGACCACCAGGAGCCAGGAGGUGAGGAGAUCCAGCCGUCCAGGACCACCACAGCUCGUCGGCUCCACCGAUAAGUUUCUUCAUUUUUUUUGUUUUUCGGCACUCCCCCUCCGUCCCGCUUGGUGCGCUGGGCCGGCGGGCCGCCGGUCCGCCGGAAACAAUUUCUUUUUUCGUUUCUCGAAAGUCGGAGCCCGGAAGAAGAUCCCUCCCUGGCCCCUGCCGGACCCUGCAGCCUGCGCAGCCCCCAAGUCCCUCCUUCCCGCUCGGUUCGAGAGUGAGAAGUCGCCUGUCGCGGCUCGCCGACGGUCGAUCGGCCGGUGA